AAUACACACACAUCACACACCAAAACAACACAAUACACGACACAACAAGUACACAAUCUAAAAAAAAUGUAUCAUAGCCAAAUCAUACAAAUUCUCAUUUUCACCUUCUUCUUCUUCUAUUACUACUCAUUUGCAGCCAAUAAUAACCCUAGCUACAAUGUGCAAAAUUUCGGAGCGAAACCCAACGGAAAAUCCGACUCCACAAAGGCUUUUCUAAGUGCAUGGAAUACAGCCUGCACCACCACUCAACCGGCCACAAUUUAUGUCCCACCGGGUCGAUUUUUGGUCCGAAGCGUAACGUUUAGUGGCAAAUUGUGCAAGAAUACUGCGAUCACGAUUCGAAUUGAUGGCACUAUUGUUGCUCCUUCGAAUUAUAAUGUGAUCGGGAAUAGCGGUAAUUGGUUGAAGUUCGAAAGGGUCACCGGAGUUUCCAUACUUGGCGGAACCCUAGACGGUCAAGGGUCGAAAUUGUGGGCUUGCAAGAACUCCGGCAAGAUUUGCCCCAAGGGAGCUACGUCACUGGCAUUCUACAAUUCAAACAACAUAAUCAUAGAUUCAGUGUCCUCAUUAAACAGCCAAAUGUUUCACAUUCUGAUAGAAGGAUGCAAAAAUGCAAAUCUAAUUAAUAUGAAAAUAUCAGCCCCGGGAAAUAGCCCAAACACCGAUGGAAUUCACGUUCAACAGUCAUCGACGGUCACUAUUUCAAACUCUCGAAUUGGCACCGGUGACGACUGCGUCUCUAUAGGCCCCGGCUCCUCCAACUUGUGGAUCGAAAACCUUUCUUGUGGGCCCGGUCACGGUAUAAGUAUAGGGAGCUUAGGGUGGGAUUUACAAGAGGCUGGAGUGCAAAAUGUGACGGUGAAGUUGGCGACUUUCACGGGAACUCAAAACGGUGUUCGGGUGAAGACGUGGGCGAGGCCUAGCAAUGGAUUUGUUAGAGAUAUUCUUUUUCAGCAUAUUGUCAUCCUUAAUUCCCAAAACCCUAUUAUUAUCGACCAAAAUUACUGUCCCGACCACCAUAAUUGUCCAACCCAGGGCUCGGGCGUGAAAAUUAGCAACAUAAAAUACGAAGACGUACACGGAAUAUCAGCAUCGCAAGUUGCGAUAAAAUUCGAUUGCAGCAAAACAAACCCUUGCAGUGGAAUAAUGCUGGACGGAGUCGACCUCACCUUCAAAAACAAAUCAGCUAUAGCGUCGUGUGCGAACGCUGGGGGAACGGCAUUUGGCGUUGUCCUGCCCACAAACUGCUUAUAGAAAUGUUGGUAUAUUGUAAGUAGGAAAAAUGUAUAGGGAUAUAUAGAAGCUAUAAGUAUAUAAGUCAUGAUCUAACUAAUAUUUUGGUCACACAUAUAAUUGUGACUUAAUUACUAUUGAAACUAAAUACUAAUUAAUGAACAUUUGCGUGUUUAUGUUUGUUGGUCAAAAACCUACGU